AUGGAGAGGAAUAAGAAGAAAAGUCUUGUUAACCAAAUCUUCUCUUGGUCCAUCAAUUAUAUUCUCAACAAAGAUAACAACAAGGAAGAGAUCAAGCCGGUUCCAGACAAGUUUUUUUCCGUUGAUGAAUACCUUAACAGCUUUGUUCCUCUUGUACUAGAGGAAACACGUACAGAGCUGUUCUCAAGCUUGAACUCUUUGAACAAAGCUCCUCUCUUUUACAUACGUUCCGUGGAGGCUACGGGAAUCAAACCCCCGAGUAGAGCAUCAAACAAGGUUAAUAUAUCAGCAGUGAUGCAUGUUGUGCAAGGAAACAGUACAGAGUACAAGCCAAAACGUGGAGAUCUCAUUGCUCUCACAAAAGCAAAAAGGCCAAGACGUGUCGAUGACUUAAACCCACUGAUUAUUGCGUAUGUGUUCUCUGUUGAAGAUGAUGAGCUACAUUUCACUGUUCAUUCCUCCAAAACCAUAUCCAUUGAUGAGAGAUACUCGUUUCGUUCCGAUGCUAACUUGAGUCUCAUCAAGAGUGUUCUUCAAGCAAAUAAUGCUGAUACAGAGCAACCUGUUUCUUCUAUGAAUUUUGGAAAUGAUGUAUUGGAUAUCAUGCGUUCAUCGAACUUGAACUCUUCUCAAGAAUCUGCAAUCUUGGCUUGCCUUGAGACAAGACAAAUCCAUGACAAGACUAGUAGUGUGAAACUGAUAUGGGGGCCUCCUGGUACUGGGAAGACAAAGACAGUGGCUACUCUACUCUUUGCUCUUCUUAACCAAGGUUGCAAAACAGUAGUGUGUGCUCCUACAAACACGGCUGUGGUAGGAGUUGCAACAAGGCUCUUGGCGUUAGUUAAGGAAUCUUCUUCAUUAGAAGAUUCUACUUACGGGCUUGGGGAUAUUGUUUUAGUUGGCAACCGAGUCAGGAUGGGGAUAGACGACAGGGGCAAUGAUGAUCUCCUCAACGUGUUUCUUGAUCACCGCAUCAGUAUACUGCGUGAACUGUUUUCGCCAUUGACGAGAUGGGAACGGAGUUUGGAGUCAGUCAUAGAUGUUCUUGAAAAUACAGUCUCUAAAACAGGUGCUAUAGAACUACUUGUAGUUGAUGAGGCGGCUCAACUUAAAGAAUGUGAAUCAGUUGCUGCGUUGCAACUCGAGGGCUUGCGUCAUGCUGUUCUCAUAGGAGAUGAGCUUCAGCUUCCAGCAAUGGUGCAAAGCGAGGUAUGUGAGAAGGCCAAGUUUGGAAGAAGCUUGUUUGAGAGAUUGGUUUUGAUUGGCCACAAGAAACAUUUGCUUAAUGUUCAAUACCGUAUGCAUCCCUCUAUAAGUCGUUUCCCCAACAUGGAGUUUUAUGAUGGUAAGAUCUCUGAUGCUGACAUUGUUAAAGACAAGAACUACCAAAAGAGAUUUCUUCAAGGGAACAUGUUUGGUUCUUUCUCUUUUAUCAACGUGGGACUUGGGAAAGAGGAGUUUGGUGAUGGACAUAGUCCUAAGAACAUGGUUGAAGUUGCAGUGGUAUCUGAGAUCUUAUCCACUCUUUUCAAAGUGUCACAUGAGACAAAGACAAAGAUGAGUGUUGGGGUUAUCUCACCUUAUAAAGGUCAAAUUAAAGCAAUACAAGAGAGACUCGGUAAUAAGUACAGUUCCGUGUCAGAUAACCUGUUCACUUUGAAUAUUCGGUCGGUUGAUGGGUUUCAAGGAGGGGAAGAAGACAUUAUUAUCAUAUCAACCGUCAGAAGCAACGGUAAUGGAAACAUAGGGUUUCUCUCUAACCGUCAAAGAGCCAACGUAGCACUGACUCGUGCAAGGCAUUGUUUAUGGGUACUUGGGAACGAGAGAACUCUGGUGCUGAGUGGUUCGAUUUGGACAAAGCUCGUGAGGGAUUCGAAGAUACGUGGAUGUUUCUAUGAUGCUGCUGAUGAGAAGAAUUUAAGAGAUGCCAUGAACAAUGCUCUUCCCAAGGUCGACAUGUCUGAUGUGUAUUCGAGUUUUGGAUCUCUUUCAAUCAGGAGAGAAAGAAUAAAUGCUCGUUAG